AUUUUCAGUACGGUAGCACUGAAAAACCUCUAACCAAAUUGCCCAUCUGCGUGGGACCCCGCUGACCACACUUAACCAAACUUAUCAAAACUGUUCAUCAUGGACGUAGAUACGGAGAAAAUUGAUGGUCAUGAAAAUCAUAGUGAUAAUUCAUCAUGUUCUGGAGCAAAAUUGAGUGAAAUAACUAAUACUAAUGCAGUAGAUAAAAAUAAAAUAGAAGCAGAUGAAGAAGAACCCAGCAAAACUACUGAAAAUAUAGACUUUAAAGUUAUUUACAAUAAAAAAAAAAUUGAUAUUACUUUUCCUCUUGAUGGAUUAGUUAUCGAUUUAAAAACUCACUUACAAAAAAUAAUAUCGGUACCAAAAGAAAUGCAAAAAGUUAUGAUCAAAGGUCUAGCCAAAGAUCAAGACACUCUUCGUAGUCUAGGAGUUACGAACGGGGCUAAAGUUAUGAUAGUAGGGUCCAAAUUAGAUGACGUACUAUCAGUAUCUGUUCCCAAUAAGCAAGAAGUUCAAGAUGAAGCUGCUGAAGCUUCUAGUAAAGAACCAUUGACACAACAGAAGAUACAUAAAAAAAUUUUAGAUAAAGGCGUACCUGAAGAUGCUAUGCCUGGAAUUAUAAACGUUAAGGAUCCUCUUCCAGAUUGCCCACUAUCAGGAAUGCUUAAUAAAUCUGGUGGUAAAGUUAGAUUAACAUUCAAGCUAGAACAAGAUCAGUUAUGGAUUGGAACUAAAGAAAGAACUGAUAAAAUAUCAAUGAGUUCAAUAAAAGGAAUUCACAGUGAACCAAUUCCUGAGUUUCCUGAAUAUCACAUAAUGGGAAUCCAAUUAGGUACAACAGAAGCAUCGAGAUAUUGGAUAUAUUGGGUUCCAGCACAAUACAUUGCUGCCAUAAAAGAUGCUGUUCUUGGCAAGUGGUGUUAUUUUUAACUGACUUGUUUGUGUCCAACUCUUAUGAUAUAUAAAAUAUUGAAUAAUUUGCGAUUAUUAAUUAUCUACAUCGUCAUAACAGGACUAUACUAGUCACGCAUUUUUAUUAUUAUUAUUAUUAUUAUUAAUACGGUUCUAAAGCUAUGUCGUCUAUCUUUUCAUAAACGGAUUAAUAAUUUAAAUAUAAAUACGGAAAAAGUAAAAUUGGUCAGUCAUCAAUACACUUUCUCAAACGUUUUCUCGUUAAAAAGUGUAAAUUUAUAUGAAAUAAGGUAAAAGCCCCAAUAAAUGAUCAUGUACCAGUAUAUGAUCAUC